UAAUCACCUGCUGCUUAGCUGGGCUUGCAGGAAGGCAGCUGGGCCUUAUACAUGGCAAGAGAGGGGCAAGGCAAGGCCCGCACUGGUGGCAUUCUCUCAGCCCCAGGAGGUCAGGGAAAGAAUGACAUAGAGAGCGGCUGGGAGAGUCCUGAAGGAAGCAGGUGGGGAAGCUGCUGAGAGCACAGAAACACAGGCCCCAAGAAAGCAGAGCUGUGCAGCCUCCUGACAGGCCAGGGAGACUUUAUUUUGAGUCUGGGCGGAAGAGACUUUAUUAGGACUUAAUAGAGUAAAACCAGCCAGCAGGAGUCACUUACAGGGCUGGCACAUCAUUUUACACGUACCCAGUACCUUCUGCUCCAAUGGGGCAGGGAUCAGGCACAGUGACAUCAAAAGAAGUUGAGAAGCCCAGGACAGGCCCUAGACUUCAGCAGGGCUACCUACUGGAAUAAACCUACUUGUGGGGGAAACUGCCGGAAGGAUCAGGCCCUUCCAUGUAAUCCAAGGGUACGCAUGGGUGGCUGGUGGUGCAGGUCUGGUAUGACAAGCCCUUGCCCAGGUCCUCUGGCUUUCCCCGGUUGUCCUGUUCAUUCAUUUCCCCUGCGUUAAAAAAGAAGCCAGCCACCAGGCCUGAUUCAUAUCAGAGGGGAGGGCGUAAGAAGAGGAAAUAUGUCUAAGAAAGUGGAUAAAGGGAGCUGAGGAUGCAGGAGAGAGAGAGAGAGAAGGGGGCGGGGCGCAAAGUGAAACUGACUUGAGGUGGGCGGGGUCUGAGCAGGGUUUGUCAUGUGAAUUUCCACAUGCUCCAUAGGCUCCAGCGGAAAGUAGGUUAACAGAGCUGUAGCAGGGACUAGCAGCCCAGGAGAGGGAGAGAGAGAGAGGGGCAGGUACCUAGAGUGGCCGAAGAGGAAGAUCCAGUCACUUACCCAUAAUUAGGAGAGCAAAACAGCACCACAGAACAAGGACCCAAUCCUGGAGACUUGAUUUAUCGAAGGAAUUGCUGCUGUCCUAGGCACCUGCGCUACCUGUUUUCAUGAUAUUCUCAACACAGUCCUAAUACCAGAAAGCCCCAAGAUGCGAGCCCAAAUCGAAGUGAUCCCAUGUAAGAUCUGCGGAGACAAGUCUUCAGGGAUUCACUAUGGCGUCAUCACCUGCGAAGGCUGUAAGGGCUUCUUCCGGAGAAGCCAGCAGAAUAACGCCAGCUACUCCUGCUCGCGCCAGAGGAACUGCCUGAUCGACCGGACCAACCGGAACCGAUGCCAGCACUGCCGCCUGCAGAAAUGUCUGGCGCUGGGCAUGUCGCGUGAUGCGGUGAAGUUCGGCCGCAUGUCGAAGAAGCAGCGGGACAGCUUGUAUGCCGAGGUGCAGAAGCACCAGCAGAGCCAGGAGCAGAACGGCGUCUCCAAGGACGACUCCGAGGCCCUGGCCCGGGUCUACACCACCAGCGUGAGCAGCGGGGUCUCGGACCUGGACGACAUCUCCCCGCUGUCGGACGGGCUCCUCUUCGACUUCCCCCUCACCCCCGAGGGAGGCAGCGCUUACUACAACCUCGACCUCCUGACCUCGGCCCAGCCCUCGCCCGACCAGUCCAGCGUGGACGUCAGCGAUGCCAAGCUCAUCAAGCAGGAGUCCAUCUACGAGCUGAUGCUGGAGCCCGGCCUCUUUGCCCACAGCACCCUGGAGGGCAGCCAGCUCGCCUCGGACAUUUCGAUGCUCGAGAUCGACCGCAUCGCCCAGAACGUAGUCAAGUCCCACCUGGAGACCUGCCAGUACACGACGGAGGAGCUCAAGACGCUAGCGUGGAUGCUGUACACCCAGGAGGAGAUCAGGAGCUUGCAGAACAAGAGCUGCGAGACCAUGUGGCAGCAGUGCUCCCUGCAGAUCUCCAACGCCAUUCAGUACGUGGUGGAGUUCGCCAAGCGCAUCGACGGCUUCAUGGAGCUCUGCCAGAACGACCAGAUCAUCCUCCUCAAAGCAGGUUGCCUGGAAGUGCUUCUGAUCCGAAUGAUUCGGGCAUUCAACCCUUUAAAUAACACGGUGCUCUUCGAGGGGAAAUACGGUGGCAUGCAGAUAUUCAAGUCGCUUGGCUGCGACGACCUUAUCAGUGCUGUCUUCGAGCUGGGGAGGAACCUGUGCCGGCUACAGCUCUCGGACGAGGAGAUUGCGCUGUUCACUGCAGCCGUCCUGCUCGCUCCAGAUCGCCCUUGGCUCACGGAAUCCAAGAAGGUGCAGAAGCUCCAGGACAAGAUCUACAUAGCCCUGCAGCACGAGAUCCAGAAGAAACACUCCAGCGAGGAUAAGCUCUCGAAGCUGAUUUCCAAGCUGCCCUUGAUGAAAACCAUCUGCAACCUGCACUUGGACAAGUUGGAGUUUUUCCGGAUCCUGCAUCCGGAGACAGCCAUGAACUUUCCGCCCCUGUACAAGGAAGUAUUCAACUCGGAGCUCCAGUACAGCGACCCACGAGAGAGCUAAGGCUCGGAGCCGCCAGACCCUGUUUCAUUUCCCAAAGCCUGGAGAGGGACAGAAACAUUGGGGGCCAGGAGGAGGUUCAUUUAACUCAAAUAACCAAACCCGAGAGACCCUACGGGGUGAGGUGAUCUGCCCCUCUGCCCCACCUCCUCGCUGUCGUUUGCAAUAGCUCUUGAAUGUAAUGCACCUUGAAGGACAAGUGAACUGACUUUGCCAUACCGGUGAAAUGAAUGUGAAAUCUCCACUCCCUCGAGGAGACACUCCAGUACCGUACCAAUACCUUUCCUUAAUGCAUGAACCACCAUGGGGCACACACACGCUCAUGCAAUACAGCAAAGGAGCCCAGCCGCCAGCACUCAUCCCAGGACCAGCCCUUGUUCUCCUCUUGUUUCAUAUGUAUUUGUUCGUUUUAAAUGAAAUAAACACCAGAAAGAUGGAAUGAAAAA